CUCAGAUUAAACUGAAUUAACAGCUCUGGGCUCUCUGCCGCUCGGAUUCGAGGCAAACACAGAAAACAUGGAAUAAGAUGGUUUUUGAAGCGAAACGGAAAACGCACAACAGAGAACGCCUGUCAGGAGAAAACCACCCAAAGAAUGAUUGACAGGUCAUGGCGUUACUCUGUUGUCGUGACGAUGGUCUCUUUAGCCUGGCUCCUCCCAGUCAUAGCUUCUGCCACGCCCUUCCCCAGGGACCUGCAGCCAAUCAGUGUGGUGCGUGUGGAAGACUCGCACCUGUAUCCCAGUUUCCAGGGUCUGGUGUUUAAUAACGGCUCGGAGCGUCUGGGUCUGGACUAUCAGCUCAUGAUCCGGAUCCAGCACAUGCUGUACAUCGCUGCCAGAGACCAUGUGUUUGUUGUGAAUCUCACUACUGCAGUCGAUAAAAUCAUCCCACAGCAGAUCCUGACGUGGAGAUCUACAGACGUGUCCAAGUGCGCGGUGCGAGGGAGAAACAGCGAUGAGUGUUAUAAUUACAUCAAGGUUCUUGUGCCUCGUAACGACGAGACUCUGUUUGCGUGUGGAACGAACGCACUGAACCCGGCCUGCAGAAACUACAGAUUGAGUUCGCUGGAGCAGGUCGGUCAGGAGCUGCUGGGUCAGGCCCGCUGUCCCUUCGAGUCUCGCCAGUCCAACAUAGGACUGUUUGCAGGGGGUCAUUUCUAUUCGGCCACAGUGACGGACUUCCAGGCCAGUGAUGCAGUGAUCUACAGGAGUUUGGGAGGAGAGGGGCGUCCCGUCCUGAGGACCGUCAAAUACGACUCCAAAUGGCUCAGAGAGCCUCACUUCCUGCAUGCUGUCGAAUACGGCAACUACGUGUACUUCUUCUUCAGUGAGAUCGCAGUGGAGCACACCGGCGCUGGGAAGGUGGUGUAUUCGCGUGUGGCACGUGUGUGUAAGAACGACAGCGGCGGCUCCACGCGUGUGUUAGAUCGUCACUGGACGUCGUUUCUGAAGGCACGUCUGAACUGCUCUGUUCCUGGAGACACCUUCUUCUACUUCGACGUGCUGCAGUCCAUCACCAGUGUCCUGCAGAUCAACCAGCGGCCCGCUGUGGUGGGGGUCUUCACCACACAGACCAACAGCAUUCCCGGCUCAGCAGUGUGUGGGUUUUAUUUGGAUGACAUUGAGCAAGUGUUUAAUGGGAAGUUUAAGGAGCAGAAGAACAGUGAUUCAGUGUGGAUGCCUGUACCUGAGGAGCUGGUGCCCAAACCACGUCCAGGUUCAUGUGCAGGUGAAGGUUCAGCGUCCUCCUACUCAUCCUCUGUUCAGUUUCCAGACUCUGUGCUUUCAUUUAUUAAGACACAUCCACUGAUGGACGAGACUGUGUCAUCAAUCAACAGCCAACCGCUGAUCACCAGCACCGCCAGCAGGUAUAGGCUGACUCAGAUAGUGGUGGAUACAGCGGCUGGUCCUCAUCAGAACCGCAGUGUUGUGUUUCUGGGCUCUGAAGACGGCCGUGUGCUGAAGAUCCUGAUCAGCUCGAGAGAGAACGGCUCCAGACUGCUGGAGGACAUCAGCGUGUUCAGUCCCACACGGUGUAGCGGAGAGCGGAGGGUGUUGGGUCUGGAGCUGGAUCAGGAGCAUCACGCUCUGUUUGUGGCGUUCUCCAGCUGCAUCAUCAGAGUUCCUCUGAGCCGCUGCGCUCAACACGGCACAUGCAAGAGACGCUGUCUCCACACACACGACCCAUACUGCAUCUGGCUACGGACCGGACGCUGUGCAGACGUGGCUCCAGGGUUCAAGGCGGGCUUUGAGCAGGACGUUGACGGUGACCAGUCACAUUCAUUUGACGCGUGCAUCACAGCAGGAAGUGAUGUUAGCUCAGCGGUGGAUUCAGCCUCCGGUGUGAAGCAGCUUCCUGACGCAGCGGGUCUUGGCGACGGCUUCCACUUCUCUCUCCUGGGGGCGUGUGUGCUGGUGGCGUUCGUGUUGGGUGCCGUCGUCUCCGGUGUGCUGGUGUCCUGUUACUGCGCUCAGAGAUCCCACCAAUCACAGGAGCCGGAGGCGUCGCUCUCGCUCACCAGCCUCGCCAAACUCAACCGCCUCUUAGACCCCAAACCAGACAAGAACGACCUCACAUCCUCUCAGAUCUACAGCUCCGGGACGCCCGGAAAACCACACACCACUGAAGACGAGGAGCUGGUUUCUGACCUGCCCACCCCGGAUCUGACGCCCGAGCUGCCAAUCAAGACCUUAAACAGCCAAUGGGAGAGAAGCCACACCUACAACUCCACCAAUCAGACGCUUCCCAGCAAGCACACGCCCUCGGAGGGCCACGAUGAUGAUGUAUUCAGACACACACACAAUCCAGUUAUCACCAUUAUGACUUCAUCUUUAUUCCCGGGCGACUCCGGCUCGUUGCACACCCCAACAUCAUAUUACAGCUGCCUGAAAGAGACGGGUGAAACCUCCGCGCUUCAGCAGAUUCAGCCGGGCUCCUCGCAGCGCCACGUCCUCAUAAAGAUGGGCAACGGCGUCACGACCGCCCGCCAGCACCGAUUCAACCAGAAGUCAGCGCCGGCGGGAAACAUCUACGAGACACAGCGUCCGUUAAUCACAGGCGGCUCGUGUCUGACGCGGCAGCACAGCUACAGCGAGCCGCCACACCUGCAGCGCACGGCUAUCAUCAGACGCACAGAGUCACUCAAACCACAGAUCCCCCCCAAACCCACAUACAUACCCCCCAAAACACUACACCUGCCCUCGCACCCCAAACACAGCUACUGACCUCUGACCCCAGGACACCACCCACACCGAACCAACACUAGCACACUUCAUAUCAUUGGCCUACACUUAACUUCUAAAUAAAAACUUAUUUUUGCAUUUUUUUAAUGCAUUUUUGGUUCCCUUCACACACACACACACUCACACAAAUUCUACUUUAUUCCACUGGCUUUUUAAUUAUUUUUGUAAAUACCCAGCAAAAGAUGAGCAUGCACAGUAUAUACUGCAUAAAUCUCAUUAUGUUGCAUCCAAGUAUCUUUCAAAUAAUUACCUUUUUUCAAUUUAUUUUUGUUCCCUCAAAAAAAAAAAUUGGAUUCUGGUAUAUUAGAUAAUCUUAAGAAAAAAAGAUAAGGGCGUUCUUAAGAAAUGUUUAGAGAAUACAAAAUCUUAUAUUUUUUUGCAUAUUCCUUAAUCGCAAUUUUAAUGUUUAAAUUUCACAAACAUUUUGGGGAUCUAAGACAAGUUGGAGGUUAUCCGAACUUAAAAUUGGUACUUUAUGCAAAAGAGUACUUCACAUUCUCUAAGUGUGUUUGUGUUUCAUUGAGAGGAGUGUGUUCUCACAGCAUCACAUCAGACUGACAUUAUUGAGCUGCAUUAAUGAGAUAUAACCUGUUUGUAUUGAUCUGUGCCUUACAUGACAGACCUGAGGUCAGAGGUCAGAGGUGAUGAUGCUGACCCGUCAGGAUUCUUUGACUUGUGAAUGUCAUGUGACUGAUCAGUGUCUGUUAGGAAUCAAUGAUGAAGACAGAAGAGGUCAGGACCCUAUCAGAAGUGCUGGUGACUGCUGAAGCUUUAAUAUAGUCAAAUAUUCACAGUUUGCAUUUCACAUGCAAGUAAA